AUGUUGAAUGUUUUCGCGGUGAGUCUGGUAAUCACUUCACUGGCCGCAUCGGCCAUACUGUCUCCCGCUCCAGCCACGCACCAGAAGCAGGGAGCCAACACCAUUGUCAGAGAAGGCCAUAGAGUUGUGGUUGUUGAAUACGACCAAGAUGGCCAUCACAACACCAAAAUCUCAAUCUCCCCAGAGCAACCCACACAUCACCACCAAGUUUUAGACAACGCCAAAGACGGGAUCCGAGAGGCUGCCUCCGUUCUCCCUAACGUCGGUCAAGGCAUUUCACAACCGGAAGAUGCGGCUUUUCUGCAUGCCCCUAAGGAGCUCGUUUGCGAUGCCUACGGAAGAUGCAAGCAAAGAAUCGCGGAUGCCAUGGAGAAGACCAAGGAUAAGGCUCAAGAGGCCCUCCAGAAGAAGAAGGAGAAGGUUGCCGCCAACAAGGAGGCGGCGCGGCGAGUGGGUGAUAGUGUUGCCGAUGCACUUGGAAAAACAAAGGAAAGCGUGCAUGAUAAAGCCCGUGAUGUGCACGAAUACGCGCAGGACACUGUAGAAACAGCGAAGGAGCAUGUGGCUCAUAACGUCUCAGAAGCUAGGGAUUCUUUGCGCCGCCUCAAACACGCAUUAAAAAGCAGUUUUGGAUCGUUGGAGAGCCUGAAUUCGGUGAUGGGGGUGGCCAACUUGCUGGGGUUUGCCACUGCUUAUGGCAUGUGUGUGUGGGUUACGUUUAUCUCCAGCUACGUGCAGUCGAGGGCCAUGGCGAGGCACCAGUUCGCAGUGGUGCAGAGCAAAAUCUACCCUGUUUAUUUCAGGGCCAUGGCUUAUAGCGUUGGGGUGGCUCUAUUUGGUCAUGUCUUCGGUAAUACAAACACUCUGCUCUCCAACAAAUCUCACGCAUUGCAAGCAUAUAACCUUCUCGCCUCUCUGGCCACUCUUUUCUUCAAUUCUCUUUACUUGGAGCCUCGGGCCACCAAGCUGAUGUUCGAAAGGAUAAAAAUAGAAAAGGAAGAAGGAAGAGGCAGAGUAGAUAUAAGUGGUGAGCGUGGCAGAACAGAGCAUCAACGCACAGGUGAGCCUUCCAGCAGCGCAGACCAGGAUGCAGUGAGAUCAAGAAUAAUCAAGCUCAACGACAAGCUCAAGAAAUUGAAUUCCUAUUCCUCUCUCCUAAACAUCCUCAAUCUCAUGUCUCUCACAUGGCAUCUCGUUUAUUUGGCUCAACGACUUCACACCCCUUGCUAAGCCAUGCAAAUUACCUUUUGUAGUAAUCCUUUUUCUUCUUUUUAUCAUGUGUUCAUAUUUGCAAAUACUUCCGUCUGUGUGUUUCAGGUUUAUGAAUAGACUGUUUAGGGCUUAACACUCCUUGCAAUGAAGUAUAUUUAAUUUGUCUCA